AGCCAGGAAAGUCAUGAAUAUUGACGGGAAGGCACUUGCUCAGCUGAAAGUGUUCGUGCAAGCAUGUCAGAUGAACCCAGAAAUCCUGCAUGAACCGAGACUGUCAUUCUUUAAAGAAUACCUCAUUACUAUGGGUGCUAAUAUCCCGGAAAAACAAGCAAUGCCGGAGCCGGAAGAUAUCCCUGAGGAUAUACCCCAGCAGGCUCCAAAACCAGAGCCCACUAAAGCUCCUACCCCUGAACCUACCCCUGAACCUACCCCUGAACCUAUGGAACAUGAGAGUAGCGAGGAAGAAGAAGUAGAGUUAGAUAACUCCGGAGUGAUUGAAGGAGAGGAUCUAUUAGACUUUCCAUUGGGAGAUUCUGAAAAGGAAGUUACUGAGGCAGACAUGGACAAGGCCAACGACAUCAGACGUCAAGCCAUGUCAGCCAUGUCGGACGGUAAACUGGACGAAGCUAUUAAACUAUUCGGAGAAGCCGUGGAAUGUAACCCUCAUUCUGCUGUUCUCUUUGCUAAACGGGCACAGACACUGUUAAGACAGAAGAAGCCUAAUAACGUGAUAAGAGACGCUGAGAAAGCACUAACAUUAAACCCUGAUAAUGCUUUAGCUCACAAAUGUAAAGGAAAAGCUUACAGGCUGUUAGGAAGGUGGGAAGAGUCAGCUUUAGCUCUAGCAGCCGGUCAGAAGUGUGAUUACGAUGACGAUACACAGGACCUUCUGAAGAAUGUUGUCAAACCAAACGCUGAAAAACUGCGAGCAGCUCGUCUAAAGAAAGAGACUUCGCGAAGAGAGAGGGAAUAUAAAGCUAAACUCGACAGAGCACGUUCUGCAAAAGAAGCUAGACAGAAAGCCUACGAAGAAGCUAAGGCCAGAGAAGCAGAAGCUGGUCCUGGUGGAAUGGGUGGAAUGGGUGGAAUGGGAGGUCCAGGUGGAAUGGGAGGACUGUUCGAUGAUCCUGAAAUAGCUACUCUCCUUCAAGACCCUGAGGUAGUUCAAGCAAUGGCAGACAUCCAGUCAAAUCCUGGAAACAUGAUGAAGUACAUGAGCAAUCCCAAAGUGAUGAAAGUUAUAUCAAAACUUCAGGGAAAAUUCUCGGGAAUGGGAGGAAUGCCCGGUGGAAUGGGAGGUAAGACUAGUUUGAUAUCUUCCAUUUUAAAUGAUAAAUCCGGACAAAUGUAUCCUGAUUUAUCUUUACUGAUUUUACCUUGCUUUUAGGCCGGCAAACUGUAAUUUUGGUAAAUCAGUUAUUAAAUAAAUUCACUUUCUGGGGUUAUGACUUUCUCUUUCGGUCGCGGUCUGAGACAGAAUAUCAGUAGGGCAUCUUCAAGAUGUGAUUAUGUGUGGGUGUAUACAAAUUAAUACGGCUAUUUGAAAGCAAAAUAAUAAUAGGAGAAAACAAAAUUUUGAAUAUCUGCUUAGAGUAAAGAUACAGUUAAACUGCGAAGGCACAACACCAAACCAACCUUACUCUAUCUCCCAAAAACAACCUUCUCCUGGUCAGCCAUGUCCCUCAUCCUGCACUUGACCCCCGCAGAGGUCACAAGCCCAUCGGAGCACAAAUGAGCGAGAAACGGGGAAGCCUUAGCUACCGGGCUAAGGACUGCAUCACUAGCAGCGAAAUACGGAUAUACCCUCCCUUUUACGUGCGUUCAACCGGCACCCGAACCACACGCUGUUUCUUAGACAUAACUUCCCACUUACAUCAGUGUCUUCUCGCAUCAACUGGCAUCGGCAAGUGGCGACACUGUGUAGACUCAACCCUGAGCUUGAUCAGAAUCUUCAGUCACAAACCUGACACCGUUUCGGGGCUUUCAUUGCGAUACGGUUUUCUGUCAGGUGCCCCAGCAGUCUCUCUUGGACCACCAUCUGAUCUGACAAUCACCCGAGGAUACCUGCUAGAGCUCGCGAUUUACGACGAGUUAGCUUAUGGCACCUCUGGCUGUUAGGUGAAGUCAUAAAGCUCAAACAGCUCUCAUCUCCCACUCUCUUUUCCUAGACAGCAGAUAAAUCCAUCUUGAACAAUGGGCUGCAUCCUUCCCACAAUCUCUGACCAACUUCUUGAGGGCUCUCCCAGUCAGACCAAUCUUCCUUGAUGCACACUCCAAACUUGCUGCGACCACACCUCUAGCACCAACCUCAACAGCAAAGCUGAAACAUGACCACCCAUUAGCUUGUAUUUCCGCUUGUAGACUGUUAUACCGAUCAAGCUUCAGCUCAUGGGAUGCAGCUAUUCUCUCUUCCGACGGUACUGUAAGCUCCCACCAGAUUACUCUCUUGGAAGCUUUCGAGAAAAGAACCAAAUCUGGUCUUAAUCUGGUCGUUGCUAUAUCCGACGGGAAUUUCAGCUGCUCAUCCAGGUCUGCUAAUACUAUCCAAUCAGUGGCCCCACUCAGAAUCCCAAACUCACUGACUUACGACCUCUUCACCUCCUUAAACCUCCC